UCCCCAUCCAGAGUCACAUGUCGCUCAGCACCUUCACUCUCGGGGGACUCGUCCUCAAACCCCGACCUCCGAACGGUAGCCUUUAUUUGAAGGGGCGAGCUCGAGUACGAAGGUCGUCUUCAUGAUGGUCCGUGUUACCGGACCAGUGGUCCUGGUCGUGUCAUGGAGAUCUUUGAAUGAACGACAUUAUCCUGCUAACUCCGCUGUGAGUUGGCGACUCGCCACACUUGUAACCCGUCACUUGACUCGUCCCUUCUCUGCUCACACAGAAACCCAAGUGACUUGUUUACAGCGCUGUCGACUCGUAUCAGCGGUUGUACUUUGAAGGGCUCACCGGAUGUAGAACGGCGUCCCUCCGGUCGCGGUGACGCAGCCGUGCUGGUGUGUCUCCUCCACUCCGGGGCUUUGUAUGAGUCUGGAUCGGAACCAGCCAGCGCUAGUCCGGGACGAUGAACGGGAAGUCGGCGAGCGGCUCGGCGGGAGGCAUGGCGUGCAUCGAGGGUCUCCCGCCGCUGCCCAAGAGCCUGAGCGGCUUGCUCAACUCGAGCGGCGGCUCGUGGAGGGAGAUGGAGCGGAUGUACGUGAAGAAGACCAUGAUCCAGGACGACCUGAGCCGCGGACGGAGCCACGCCGACAGCCUGCUGGCCAGCAAGCCGGCCAACCUGGACGCGGCUCUGGCCCUGCUGCGCAAGGAGAUGGUGGGGCUCCGGCAGCAGGACAUGUCCCUGCUGUGUCAACUCUGGUCGCUCCACGAGUCCAUCCAGGAAUACAAGGGCAGCUGCCAGGACCUCAGCGCCGCCUCCAGCCUCAGCAUGAUGGACAACGGGUACUUCGACGAGGACGACGAGUACUACCCAGAGCCCGGCGCCACGCCCACCGGAGAGCAGCCGGAUGGCGGGGAAGGCCUGAGCGGUGCGGCGUCCAAAAACGGCAGCGGCAAAGACGACAGCUGGGACUCCUUCCACGUCGCCAUCUGAGGCGGCUGAGGGCGCACGGGGUCCUGUUGCCACGACGCUGGAGGCGGAGCUGCAGCGGGGACCACCUGCUGACGGGGCACUUUUUCUGCCCGGACAAGCUGCUGCUUCAGAGCCAGAAAUAUAUCAGCAAAGUUUAUUAUUUAUUGUCUCAUGUCAAGGUCAGCCAAGGUCUUGCCUCGCGGAGGACGGGGAGGAGCUUCCGAAUGUUUUCCAGAAACUCUUGGGACUUGUUUGUUGGUUAGCGUCGCGCUAACAGUGUUAUUGUUACUUUUCCAGUGUAUUGUACUUUGACUCUGUCACCAGAGGAUCCUCUCAGCCUAGCAUGUGCCAGCACGCCUCAAACAGUCCAGUUAGCAGCCGCCAGGCCACGACGCUAGCUCUGGUUUGGUUGAACCUGUGAAAGCGCUUCCUCCAGCACUGGUGCUUAGCGGUCGCGAUGCUGCAGACUUGUGUCCCGCGGCAGAAACGCGUCUGAGUUUCUCUUGGUGAGCAGAUUGUAGCCACUUUUUUUUAACCACCGCCAGCAUCGCCACUUGUUAGCGCCCUCCUCUGGAGGAGCAGUACUUCCUUCCUCGCGGUCUAACCAGCAAGCUAAUGUCGCGCAGAGAAGCUCUGUCACUCAUGUUUAUGUCUGUACAGGUCAUGUGACACUCGAGCACAAACCAAAGAAAACAGCUAAGUUUAGCUCGACGGAUUUUCGACUGAGAACGUCACACGAUGUUUCGGUGUGGAACAAACUGAGAAUGAGAAGCGAGUUAUGUAACAACGUUUACAUAUCCGACCAUUGUUAAAGUAGCUAGCCAAAGCUAGCGGGCUAAAUGAGUAUUCAGUCCAAAAAGUAUUGGUAUUCCAGGCUGUGGGCGACAUGCUAACGUCUGUUUCAAUUGGAGAAUGUCUGUCACGUCAAUGACGAGUCGCUCGACGUUGUUCAACACCACUCCGGGUCGGUGUCUCGAGUUCUUGGCUAGUAAAUGCUGGAACGACUCAUCCUUGCUGCCGAGACUCACUACUGAAUGUUACGUGGUUUUCAUCCGAAAAUAUUUCCCGCUAAAGAUGUUCUCGUGAGCCACGAUAUCGUGAGGUGUUUUCACAGUCGGUGCCUUGCUAGGACACAUGUGAGUCUGAGAACUUGUGACCGGGGUUGGGGGGUUCGACUCGACUGUGCUGUCCUGCAGAUGUCCAGUAGCAGCUACAAGCUCGCGCCCGCUAGGCUAGCAAGCCGCACCUCCGCUCGGCUCUGGAACGUCGCCGCCUGGGGUCGAAUGUGGUGGAGCUUGUAGAUAUGGAGGUGGUUCACCUCCAGGAGACACCAGGCAAAAUAGUGGUUGUGUGACUCAGUGGCUGGGUUUUGUUCUGUAAACUUGUGUUGAUGAACCAUUAAAGUCCGACAUUGAAACAAACGAUAGCGCUGAGUCGUCAGAAGACUGGGGCAACCAAAGCAACUGAGGGAUGAGCAGGUGUGACGUGUGGAAGAUGGUCGGCAGAAGUCGCCCGCACAGCGCGGCAACCCCACACGGAGACCCUGCCCUGACCUCGGGUGAGGUGAGCACUGACGUGGACGGCGUCGCCCUGUCAGUCAGAUGGAUCAGAAGCCUCAGUCGGGCUUCACACCGCGACUCACAGCUUUGAAGCUGCUGCAGCUCCAAAGCACCAGAGGCCCUGACCUCCUGGAGAUGACCUGAACUUCGAGCAGCGGUGAGACGUGUCCUCUCUGAAGGAAACAUGAGCCGCUGACCUGCUGCCGACUUGGUGUCGACGGUGCACUUGGCAGUACCUUUGACUCGUGCGCACGGUGCGAUCUGACUUGCUGUGACACGCUAUGUUGCAGGGACUCGGUGGGAGGUUCUUGAGUUGGUGACUUGUUCUUGAUGGCUUUGUGAGACACCUGGACUUAGAGUGACUUGGUGAUCAUGAGGCGGGACUUGUCAUUGGCCUGGGGGGUGUGCAGUUGAAUGAGAAGACUUGUUGACUGGCUGAUGCAGAAGCCACGUCCCGCUGAGGAGCCCUGGACGGGAACAGAGGCCCGGCAACAGAUGAGCGCUGAGGAAGGCGUCCACUACUGCGCUCGCAGUGGGGAUUAGAGCAGAUUAAUCUUGACUGAGAGAGUAAAUCCAAGGUGCACGUCACUCUCGCCACACACCCAUGUGACAUGUGUGUUUGUCUCGCUAUCCUUGUGGGGACCUCUCAUGGCUCCCAUCCAAAACACAUGGGUGACCUGAACUAAACUGGAAGCCAUCUUUAAUGUUUCCAGCGUGCGGCUUGUUUCACAUCCAUGACCAACCGUCAGUCCAGCGCGGAGCUGAACAGUCCAGCUGGGCCUGGCAGGCAGGCCGACCCGGGCUGGUUCUGACCCGGGAGCGGACUGUGGUGCAGUAAUCAGAUUAGACAGAUUAUCCAGCCGCAGACUGCAGCAACUGACCGGCGCUCGCUCGCUGCGGCACAUUGGUCGCACAAGCCGCACCAGGUCACAACAGUACGGAUAUGUUGGGUGGGACCUGUUCAUGUGCAGGUCA